UAAACCGAGAAACACCAGUUGUAAGAACGUAAUCGGUUAAAGCGAUUUGUAAACAAGUAUUUAUUUAUUUUUUUUAUCUUACGCUGUUAUCCGAGCCUGCAGUAACAUCAGUACGCAAAAAAACAUGUAAUUAAGAAUCCGGUAAAUUUAUGAGACCGGAUGUACCACGAAAGCUGCUAGCUGGUUGGUUGUUGUUAGUUGAGUUAGCAGAGCUAGCAUGUUAGCUCGCCGACAGCGUUAGCCUUGUCAGUGGCAUGCCAUGGAUCCGUUGAGUAUUGUUGCGGAUGAAGUGGCUUUGGAGGGGCUGGACGGAAUAACUAUUCCCUCCCUGUGGAUACGACUCGAAGGCAGACAGCCCAAGUUUCCACUUAAGCUCGACGACUCCACCAAGGAGCUCAUCUGGAAGUCACUCAUCAACAACACCGACCUGAAGUUCUACCAGCUCCCACACGAGAGGGAGGAUGUUGAGCUGUUUGACAGGUUUAAACACAUCGACCCAGAAACAGGCAUUGAAACAAGACAGAAGUUUUCAGACACACGGAAAGAUGUCUACCCGGUCUCAAUGGUUCAAAACGAGGAGGGGAUACAGGGCUCAUGUGCGCUCUUCAAACAGAGGACAGAUGUCACAAAAAAUGUCCGCUCAGAGUCCCUCACCCCAUUAGUCAACUUGCAGGAAGCUUUUGAAAGAUAUGGCCGAAAGCUUGUUGUCGUGGCAUCUCAGAUGCUACGAUUCAGGGCGUUGAUCGGUAGCGAGAGCGAUCCUGAUUUGAAACUCAACGACGACUCUUACUGUGUGUUGGAAAGAGUGGGCCGAGCUCGAUGGCAAGGAGAGCUACAGAGAGAUCUGCAUGGAUGCUCUUUCAAGAUCGAUGCUCGAAAGUUGCACUACAUGAGGAAGGCUCUCGUCAGACAUGGACUCGUCGGCAUGCAGUCUCACUGCACACGAGUGGGUUCAGGACAGCAGCAGCACUCCAUUCUUCUGAUGCUCAAACGCUUCUAUGUAAACAGGAGGAGCAAGUAUGACAUCCUAAUGGAGAAAGUGUCCAACUGUCUCCAGCAGUGCCCCGGCCAGUUGACCAGUUUCAUGGUACUCAGAGAAUAUCUUAAUGUGAAUGAGCGUUCUUUCAAACGUGUCCUUCAAUACAUGCGAGCUGCCAAGUUGGUUGAAUUUAUCCAGUGCCCACUGGAGGAAUUGGAUCCCAGUGCCGGGCCUUGCACCAACAAAAAAGGAGAUAAAGUGCUCGUCCGAUGUGUAAAAUUGUUAAAGCCUUACUUUGGGAAGAGUGUAUCCGAUGAUGAGGACGACGAGGAAGAUUAUGAUAAUGAGGCGAGAAGAAGCACUGUCCCUUCAGAGGGGAGAAUCAUGGAGAUUGAUGUCAUGUCGCAGGCCUAUCACAUUGUAUUAUCCUGCGGCACAAGGGGAAUCCCUAAGACUGCUAUCGGGUUGAGGAUGAACAUCGGGAAGCUGGAGUCUCGUAUGCUCUGCCGGCGGAUGGAGAAGGAUGGUAUAAUUAAGGGAUUCAUGGAGGAUGUUGGUCGACAGAGGACCACAAAAUACAUCAGCCAUAAGUGUGUGGGUGUGAGCGAUCAACUCCAACUCUUUGCUAAGGAACAAGAACGGAAGGAGCGUCUGUACUCCUCUGCACCACAGACUUCAGACUCUGCGCCUGUCGCCCCUAAAACUCCGUCAACCUCAAAGAAAACGGCAAAGAAAUCUCCUGCAGCGAAGACGACUCAGAAAGCAGGCAGAAGAGGAAGCAAAGAUGCGGAGGAAUCUGGGCAGACGUGUGGCGAUGGAGAUGUGGAUCCGGCAGAUGAAGGCUUGGAAGGAGACAAAGGUAAAGGAAGACGGUCAGGAGCCAAAAGAAACACAGCAGGGAGAAAAAGUAGAUCCAAACAGACCCAACCGGAGACUCCCAUUGUUCAGCCUACACCAGAUGAGUGUGAAACACCAGCCUGCAGCCAAGACACAACACCUGAUUCAGAGUCAGAAUCCAAAGCAGAACAAGCUCUCGUUGAGGAGAAGAGAGAAGUCACCUCAUCUCCUGCCAGCCCUUUGCCUCAGAGAGAGGCGGAGAAUGAAGACGAUAACGUGGCCGAAAACAACGUGGUGGAAGUUAGGGACGAUGGUCAGCUGACCCCCAGAUGUAAGAAGUCUUUGGAGCGGUCUCAUGAGACGUACCGCCUGCUGAGGAGGAAGAACCUGAUCGUCGAGGCUGUCCGCAACUUCAAAAUCAUCGAGGGACUCUUUCCGCUGCAGAAGAUGAUCAAUGACGAAGAGAAGCAGGAUGGAUUCAACUCCAAGUGUUGCAAGAAGACUAUUUUACGUCUCGUCCACUGUCUGUCUAGAGAAGGCUUGCUUAAGCUUUACAAUACCACUAUCAUACAAGAUGGGAUCACCAAGAAGGUUGAGAUGGUCGUUCAUCCGUCCAUUCAGCCCAACGAUGAAGUCGUGUCUCGAGUUAUUGAACAGGUCCGCUUCAAGAUCUCCAGCUCGUACACCGCUGUACGUCUGCAGCAAGAGCAAGAUGAGAAGAUGAAGAAGGACAACAAAAAGAAAUCAAAGGACGACGAGUUCAAGCCCGAAACAGUUCGUGGACUGGGGAGGUCACUUGGCUUCCAGCCUAAGAUGCCUCGUCUGCGUCUUAUUCACAACUUCCUCUGGUACCUGAUAUACGGACACCCGCACGGACAGAACUCCACCGACUCCAGCUCGACCAGUCAAACAGCAGCAGCAGCAGCAGCUAACCCCGGCAGCUCUGAUCCUGAUAACAGCCCCGUGGACCCACAAACAGCAGAUUCUACAUUGCCUAACUUGGAUGUGGCAUCAUCUGGUGAUGAAGAGGAGGAGCUGAAGGAUGAAUCAAUACCUCGUCCCCCUGUGUCUAAUUUGAAAGUGUUUGCUGAUGAAGACUCGUGGAAGAGAUUCGUGCCUCCCGUCCGAGUACACAAGGAGUUUGGCAGCGGCUGGGCGAUGAUUGGCGACCUGCUGCUCUGCCUGCCUCUCUCCGUCUUCGUUCAGAUCACACAGAUCAAUUAUAAGGUGGAUGGACUGGAGGAAUAUCUCAACGACCCCGUGAAGCAACACUAUCUUGUCCGAGCGCUGCCGGCCAAGAUGAAGAGGCAGCUGCUGUACAGACGGAAAUACAUCUUCACAUUUCACGAGAACCUGCAGAAGUUGGUCUACAUGGGUCUGCUGCAGUUUGGUCCUGUGGAGAAGUUCAAGGAUAAAGACCAGGUGUUUUUGUACUUGAAGCGCAACUCCACCAUUGUUGACACCACCCAGGCCGAGCCGCACUACUGGCUGGUCACAGAGUCGCCUGACAAACCGUUUGAGAGGCGCCAGUACACAUUCAACACUGCCGAAGAUGUGGAAAACUACUGGUUUGACCUGAUGUGUGUCUGCCUCAAUACACCACUGGGGGUCAUCCGCAGCAAGAGAAGCGUCACAGAGGAGGAAGCUGAUCCUUCCUUCGUUCAUGAACGCAACGUGUUCAUAGGAUUGGCGUACCUGCUGAAAGGCAGCCGUGAAGUGUCUGACGACGGGUCGAUACCCGGAGACGGUAAAGGAGCGGGAGGCCUGGACUCUGAAUUCUUUGGUCAUCUUAAACGCAACUGGUUUUGGACCAAUCACCUGCUGUCUUGCAAAAGACUUCCAACUGGUUUAGAGGCGAAGGAGAAUAAAAUCCGACUGAAGAGCCUGCUGAGUAAAAAUGCUCUGAGGAUGGCACUGACAGCUGCAGGAUCUGCUACACGUCGCUAUCUGACUACCAAGCGGCCGUUUAAAGAAAAUGUGGAGGUGGAUGUCGAGCCUGCGACCAGAAACCAGCAGGUGGUCGGAGGAAAGGGACAGAAGAGGAAGAGAAGCAAAAAGGAGGUUGUCAAGGCCCCUCGCAAGAAGAGAAAAGAGCUGAAGAAGCGCACUCCUGCCCAUGACGAGGCGGACCACAAAGCUCUGAAGAUGAUGACCAGACAGAGAGUCUACUGGUCAAUUCAGGAGGACUCACUGAUGAUGCUCUGCAGCGUGGCCUCACACCUGCUCAACAACAAGUUAAAAAGGCCCUUCAUACCUUACUGUGGGGUGAGAGACCUGCUCCAUGCAGAGUUUGAUAUGUCGGUGGAUAAAACAUCCGUCGCUGUCGGUCGUCGUACCCGAUACAUCCUCAAAAACCCUCAGACGCUCCUGAACUACAGGAUCUGUCUGGCCGAGGUGCACCAGGACAAACCUCUGAUGAGAGUGUUGGAGGAGAAGAAACCCAAAGAUCCAGACAAUCCAGAGGAUUGUGCGAAGGUGUUCUCUGAGUACGUCCAGCUGCUCAGACAGAAGUUCAGCACCGCUCUGAGCCCCGGGGAUUUGACAGUGCCCGACACAAAACAGCAGCUCUUCUCACGGUUUAGAGUUGCAGCGAUAGACUGUAACAUUCAGAUGCCUUACAGAGAUACUCUCAACUGCACGGAAGACAUUCACGCUUUAGUGUUAGAAAACUUGAUCCAGAGCACUCUGGUCAUGACCAACAGCCAGAUGAAGUCCUCCAGAUCCUUUCAGACCUUCCAGUUGUACAGUAAGUACAACCAGGAGCUGCUGUGCAAAGUGUUCAUACAGUGCAGGAAGAGAGGUCUGGUCAACCGGCGCCGAGUCCAUCAGCCGCUUGGGCCGAAGAAGAACCGAGCGCUCCCCAUCCUGCCAAUGUCCUACCAGCUAUCCCAGUCCUACUACAGGUGUUUUUCGACACGUUUUCCUCACCUACUGUGCACCGACUCCUUCCGCUUCUUGAGGAGUCUCGUCAGCAACAGGACCGCAGACGACAAACCUGUCACCAUGUUCCACCAAGAAACGGAGUACAGGUUGGAGAACAGGGAGGAAGUGACGGAGAGACGGACGAGUUCAGAAAGGAAAAGAAAACAAGGUGAAGGGAAGGAAGGCGGCAGAUCAGUGAGAGAAUCAGAGGUUCAGCCAGAGAAGGCAAACGGUGACUCCACAAAUGGAGGCGCAAAUGACCAAAUGAAUGUGAACGGAGAGCAGACAGCAGAGCAAAGAAACUCAGAGGAUUGUUCUAUAGUUGAGUCUGUUGAACGUCCAUCCAGCAGCAGGCAGACAGACGAUCACCCCUCCAAAACUGGUGGUGCAGCACAGCGAGCUUCAGCAGAACCCCCCGACGUGUCGGACAUGCUCGGGUUCUCUCUGGACUCUCCGGGUGGAGCCUGUGUGGUCUCUCUCAGCCUGAUGACUCUGGGCCUGCUGAGUGUCUACAUAUCCAUUCCUAAACAGAUUGUUGUCGUGGACAGCAGCAUGGUGAAAAAUGAUGUCGUCAAGAAUAUGGCAGCGCUGGAAGAAGAGGAUGACGACGAUGAUGAUGGUGAGGAGUUCGAGGGGAAGAAAGGACUGGAAGUGAAGGCACAUCAGGCGUCGCACACCAACUACCUGAUGAUGCGGGGAUACUGCUCUCCUGGCAUAGUCAAGCGACGUAACCUCAACACCCUCGAUAACAUCGUGGUGGAGUCGUGUAUCAUGAGGCUGCAACUGCGCAACAAACCUGCUCACCACCUGUUUACAUCGGAGGUAGACUCUCCACCACUGGACUUGACUAAGUGUGGUCCAUCCCUGCUGCCCUCCAGCCUCACCAAAACCACUCCCCCGCCCUGCCCUUCUCCAUCCAGCGUGAAGCAGUGUGACUGGCGUUUGAUUCAGCAAAGAGGAUACACUCCUCAGGACAUUAAAGCAUGUGCGCAGCUCAGGAGGAGCUUGGAUGCAGCGGGUGAGAACGGCUUGGCCAUACAAGACCUACACGAGACUCACGCACACCUGAAGGAGCCUCAGUCCGGACGCAGCAGGAGCCUGCAGGAGUAUAUGAAGGACUUAAAAGAAGAAGGCCAGGUGUUACAAGUCGGGAGUUUGGGACCCCGUUGGGUGCUCGUGCAGCACGCCGAACCGUGGCUGCUGACGGUGACGUCCAAGCCAUGGUCACAGUCUUGUGUCCCAUCAGACAAACUCAAGGGUCACAUCUUCUCCAUCCGCAAGAGAAGCAGACGAGAAGUCCCGCAAGAGACAGAGGAACCGCCAGCGAAGAAAUCAGCUGCGGAGAAACGAGAAGGAGAGGAGAAAGAGAGGGUGACGGGUGGGAAACCAAGAAAGAAACUGGAUAAAGAACCGCAGAAAAAGCACCAAGAGAGGACGGAUGAGGGGAGUAAAGACAAGCUGGUGAAUGUAGAAGAGGAGGAGGAGGGAAAGCAGAUGCAGUCUGAAGAGGGAGGAGAGAAGAAGGAGGGUCAGGAGAAGGUGGAGGUGGAGAAAAAGGGACGGGGAAAGGAGAAAGAGCUUGGAGCCCAAGAGGACGUCGGUGAAGAAAGAGAUGAAGCAUCCUCUCCACCAGCAGAACCGGCUGGCGACGAUGAUGAAAGUGUGAGUUUCAUUGGCCGACCGUGGCGCAUGGUCGACGGGAGUGUGAACCGGCCGGUGUGUAAGGGCAUGCUGGAGGCCGUCCUUUACAACAUCAUGUCCCGACCCGGGCUCACGCAGCAGACACUGCUGGAAACUUACAAAGACGUGUUGCAGCCAAUGGCCCUGCUGGACCUGGUGCAGGCGCUCAUCGACAUGGGCUGUGUGACGAGGAAAACUGGGGUCAGAGUACCGAAAGCCUCGCUGUUCAGCCGCCCUGUGCCUCAGGCGAGAAGUGAGACAGCGGUGAGGCUGGAGGAACCGGACAGGGUGUAUUACGAGCCCACCAUCAGCUGCUGCCUGCGGCUCAGUCAGGUGCUGCCCAACGAACGCCACUGGAACUAUCAUCUACCUUAAAACAAGUCGUGGAUUAUUGUCGCCUCAUUUAGGCUUCUGCAAAUGUUAUUUUACAAUGUUUCAUGUCAGGUUCUUUGACAGAUUCACUUCUGGUUUUACAGAACAGGAUUUCUUUGUACAUUUGUUUCUUUUUUUUUUUGUCUUGAAAAGUCAAUUCCGUCUGGUGUUCCUGUUUUUGUUUUAUGUGAUAUAAUAAAAAUAAUUACAUUCUUCA